ACGGGCUUCACAGUAGGCGCUGCUGUCGAUACCACCUCGGGUCGCAUCGUCGGUCACCCCGCGUUCAACGCCACUGGAGUCUCCGAGUACCUGGGUAUCCCGUACGCUCUCCCUCCUACUGGAGACCGUCGUUUCGCUGCCCCGGUCGCCUACCGUGGAUCCAACACCAUCAACGCAUCGUCUUUUGGCCUUGAUUGCCCAUCUGUCCCACCGGCGGUUCCUCCGGUCAUCCAGGGAACUCGUCUCGGAAACUUGCUGCAGGACUUGGCUCAGACCAACGAUACUCUCGGUGAGGACUGCCUGUUCGUCAACGUCUGGACCAAGCCCCAGACUGGCAGCAAGAAGAAGCCGGUUCUCGUCUGGAUCUUUGGCGGUGGUUUCAACUUCGGAGGUACCAACGUCCGAGCCUACAACGGAAAGUACUUUGCCGACCAGGAGGACGUCGUGCUGGUCAGCUUCAACUACCGAUCCAACAUCCUCGGGUUCUCCGGUGCUCCCGGUAUCACCCAGAAUGUCGGUCUUUUGGACCAGCGCCUCGCGAUCGAGUGGAUCCGCGACAACAUCGGAGCGUUCGGCGGUGACGCUUCCCGCAUCACCCUUUUUGGACAGAGCGCUGGUGGUAUGUCCAUCGAUCUUUACAACUACGCAUACGUCAACGACCCCAUCAUCAAGGGAACCAUCUUGCAGAGUGGAAACGUCAACUCGUACGUGAUCCGUCAACCUCAGGAUGCCGCCGACAGCUGGUACUCGGCCAGCACCCAGCUUGGCUGCGGUAACGAGACCACUUCCACUGCUGCCGCCGUUCUGGCUUGCAUGCGUUCCUCCAAGACCUCGUGGCAAGACAUUGAGCGCGUCUCCAACCCCAAGAAGGGUCUCGCCUCGCUCUUGGGCAGCUACGGCCCAACCAUCGACAACAAGGUCGUCUUCUCCAACUACCGCGCCCUCUCCAGCGCCGGUAACUUCACCAACGUCCCGGCCCUGAUCGGUAACACCAACUACGAGGCUGGUCUGCUCAUCCUGAUCGCUGCCGGUGCCGGUGAGGUCUACCCGCAGAACGUCUGGGACAGCAUCGACCAGAGCGUCUUUACCUGCCCGGCCUCCUACGCUUCCCGCGACCGAGCCACCCUCGGCCGCCCCGUCUGGCGUUAUUUCUACGGUGGCAUGUACCCCAACCUGGUCAUCCCCACCGCCAACAUCUCCCAGGCGUGGCACACCUCCGACAUCCCGACCUUGUUCGGUACCUCCGAGGACUCCACCCUCGAGGCUGCCACCCCGCCACAGGUUGGCCUUGGGAACUACAUCCGAAAGGCCUGGGCCACUUUCGCCGCCAACCCCACCACCGGUCUCAGCUCGGCGCCCUUCAACUGGCCUCAGUACAACCCGUCAGCCAACACAUUGAUUCUGCUCGGCCAGAACAACGCGACC